AUGAAGCAAAUUCUGAUAUUGCUUCUUCUUUAUGGGAAGCAAGAAAACCAGAUCCUUUGUCAAGAAACAAGAGAAGGCUUUCCGACAGCAGCGCCAUCUCCCGAGUCAAAUGUCGACAUGAAUCCGUCCAAUGAGGAGCUUUACAUGAUCGACGACCCGGAAAUCAUGAAAGUUUUGCUUCCAAAACUUGAAGCGGCGCUGGUGACGAAAACCGAGACGAUCAACGAGUUUCUAGUCGACCAGCUGCACGAAAUCGGCAUGUGCUCGAAGAUAUCCUGCGUCGCAUGUCUGAGACUGCUCGCUUACGAGCGCCAUUUUAAAACGAUCAAAAUCCCCAGACUCGCCUGUUUACAAGGAUUCGGCUCAUCCACGCAUUCUUAA